AGCUCGUUGACUACAAUAACUACAAGAAAAGGUUACUGGGAGUGAGAGAGAAAUCACAAUGGGAAUCAGUGAAGAGAGUAGUACUGAGCCUCUAUACGAAAAAAUAUGGGUAAAAUACACACUUUCAAGGGUAAUGGAUUCAAUUAUUCUGUUCCUCCUUGUUUUGCUACUCUGCUACCGUGUAUUCUCCUAUGAUGACAUGAACCACCACUCAUACCCUUGGUUCCUUGCUUUCAUGUGCGAGUCAUGGUUCACUUUCACUUGGUUAACCAUCAUCUCCACCAAAUGGAACCCUUCAUAUACCAUAUCCUACCCUCACCGUCUCUUCUCCCGGGUAGCUGAGCUUCCAUCAGUGGACUUGUUUGUGACAACAGCAGAUCCAGUUCUUGAACCACCAAUCAUAACAGUGAACACUGUUCUGUCACUUUUGGCACUUGAUUACCCUUCCAACAAGCUUUCUUGCUAUGUCUCCGAUGAUGGUUGCUCCCCUCUUAACUUGUAUGCUCUUGUGGAGGCUUCAAAGUUUGCAAAGCUUUGGGUACCUUUCUGUAAGAAGUACAAUGUAAAAACUAGAGCACCCUUUAGAUACUUCGAUUCUAAUAAUAAUAAUGAGGCCACCGCACCCAACAAUAGUCCAGAAUUCAUGCAAGAAUGGUUGGCAAUUAAGGACGGGUAUGAGCAUCUUUGCAGUAAAAUUCAAAAUGCGACAAAGAAAUCAAUCAUGCUCGACCAAGAAUUUCACGUAUUCUCAACGACACAGCUCAAUAACCAUCCAACCAUAAUCAAGGUAAUAUGGGAGAACAAAGAAGGUGCUUCAGAUGGGGUGCCCCAUUUAAUCUAUGUAUCAAGAGAGAAGAACCCUAAUCAUCUACAUCGGUAUAAGGCUGGUGCUAUGAAUGUCUUGACAAGAGUGUCCGGAUUGAUGACAAAUGCUCCGUACAUACUGAACGUAGACUGUGACAUGCAUGUGAACAAUCCAGAGAUUGUACAACAUGCCCUAUGCAUUUUGAUGGAUCCAAAUUCAGAUAAAGAAGUUGCAUUUGUUCAAUGUCCUCAGCAGUUCUAUGAUGGAUUAAAGGAUGAUCCCUUCGGAAAUCAACUAGUCACAGUAUUUGUGUACAUAGGUGGUGGAGUCUCUGGUAUUCAAGGAAUUUACUAUGUAGGAACCAAUUGCUUUCAUAGAAGAAAAGUUCUUUAUGGCCUUUCUCCUCACCAUCACAUUCAAAAUGGAAGCAAGGAUCUUGGAAAAUCAUCAAAAAAGAAUAUAAUAUUUGGAAGUUUGGAAGAGUUUGUGGAAUCAGCUGCUCAAGCAUUGGAAGGGAAGAAGACAUUUACUCAAAAUGCUAAUCUUUGCAACUCUCUUGAGGCAGCCAAGGAAGUUGCUGCUUCUGGAUAUGAACAUGGUACUGAUUGGGGCAACAAGGUGGGGUGGAUGUAUGGAUCAUCAGCAGAGGAUAUACUUACUGGGCUGACAAUGCACACAAAAGGUUGGAGAUCUGAAAGCUGUGUGACAGAUCCAAUAGCAUUUAUGGGCUGCACGGCCCAAGAUAGUGUAGUCCAAAUAGCCCAAUCUCAGAGAUGGGGCUCAGGGCUGCUUGAUAUUUUCUUUAGCAAGAACUGUCCUAUUUUUGGCACCAUAUUUGGUAAGCUCCAAUUCAGACAGUGUUUGGCAUACAUUUGGGUCACUACUUGGGCCUUAAGAUCUGUUCCUGAAACAUGCUAUGCCCUCCUCCCUGCCUAUUGCAUCAUUACCAACUCCUAUUUCUUGCCUAAGGUGAUACACUACUACUACGGCCAUUUUUCUUUAAUAUUACCUAAUUACGAAAUUGUUAGAUACAACAUGUCUACUCUAUUAGAGUAUUUGAAAACUGGAUUGUCAAUGAGAUCAUGGUGGAACAACCUGAGGAUGUCAAGAAUAACUGCAAUGAACCCAUGGAUUUUUUCAUUUGUGACAAUUCUACUAAAAAAAUUAAGGAUACUUGACUAUGCAUUUGUAAUUACAAAGAAAGAACUACCAUCUAAUAAUGAGGGUUUAGAUAAGAAUAAUGUAAAUGCUGGUGGUAGGUUCAUUUUCAACAAGUCGUUGGUAUUUGUGCCAGGCACAACCAUCUUGCUUGUUCAACUCACAGCUUUGAUUAUCAACUUUUUUGGAUGGCAACCAAAGGCUAGAAGUGGUGGACAAAGUUCAGGGUUUGGAGAAUUAAUUUGCAGCAUUUAUGUUGUUCUGUUUUACUUGCCAUUCUUGAAAGGGCUAUUUAGGAAAGGAAAAUAUGGGAUACCCUUAAGCACAAUAUGCAAGUCAAUGGGGUUGGCUUUGUUCUUUGUGCACCUUUCAAUGUUUAUUGUUUGACUUUCACAGCUCUAUGGAGUUUCUUCAAGAGUAAAAUUUAAGUUGUCCUUAACCUUAAUUAUCACCAUUGUGUAUCUUUGUUUUGAUCACCCUUGUUUUUUAAAUAAAGGAUGCUUAUUAACUUCAA